AUGAAGGAGGCGACGACUGAUGCACUGAAGCGAGCAUUGCGCAAGUUCGGAGAUGGUCUCGGCAAUUGUCUGUAUGACAAGAAGUUUCUCGCGUUCAGUAAGAAGACGGCGUCGCGUGAUACGGAAGCGGAUAGGCAAUGGGAGCAGGGCGAGUUGAUCAGGAUCCAAGGUGGUAAAAUUGAGAUGGGCUCUUCGGUCACUCCUGACAGUGCUGUGUUGCAGCAUGGCAAUAUGGAAAGAGGUGACGAUGGGAGCAGCUCUCUGUCUAAGAUUGCGCGUCAGCAGGGCAAUUCGAUUGUUCCCCUUCUGGUCGGCAUUCAGAGCAACCCUGCAACAACUCAGGGCAGAGCGCUGAGGUUUCUCGAGAACCUUGAAUGCCUACAGCUACCUCGGCGUCCAAAAGACCAGGAAGCAUCUGCCAUAUGGGUGAACCGAAAGCGCAUCAACGCCUUUCAACUUCCCGAAUAUGUGGCCUUGUCGUACACGUGGAAGGCCUCAGAAUUCGAGGACAAAACCCCGGGGUUAUACCACGUCCAAGAAAGGGACGGCCAAGGAUUUGAACCAUCCCGGGUCCGCGACACUAUCCUCGAUCGCAUCUUCAAUUACAUGCGAACGAUCGACGUCGACCUUCUCUGGAUCGAUCAACACGGCAUCAGUCAGGAUACCGACGGUUGCGAAAGACCAACAUGCGACCACGAAGCAUGCAUUCAAAAGCGGGAGGGAAUGGAAGUCAUGGACCUUGUCUACAAGUUCAGCAAACACCCUGUAGGAUUGCUAGGAAGACCAAUCACAUCAGCUCGAGAGUUGAGACUCCUCGCAAACCUCCUUCGGCGCAAGCUGACCUCGGGGGAUGGGGAUGCAGCCCCUAUCCGGUUGUCCGAGUCGCGCAACAGAAUCACACAGGAGGCAUGGACGACCCUGAAAAUGUUACAUCGGAUUACCAAAGACGACUGGUGGCACCGCGGUUGGAUCUUUCAGGAGAAUUACAAAGGAGGCACCAGGAUGAAGCUACUUAUCAAGCAUUCGGAAGACCUCGAAGACCUUAAGCGUUUCUACGGAAACAUGAGCAAUCCCUACGGCAGCCCGAUCUUUGGCAACGUGGACGGCGAGCUGUGCAUUCGCUCCGUCGACCUUAUGGAGGAGGCAACGCGCCUUUGUUUAGCGUACCGGAAUAGUACCACCCGGCACCGUAUACCCCCAAACCCCAGGAUGAGGAAGAGAAAAGAGGUCAUAUUAGAACAAAUUCUCCAGACCGCCGGCAAGUACAAACUUAUACUAAAACGCUCAGAGCCCAUGACGCCACGCAUCAUCGCCGACAUUGAGAAGAGAGAGAUGAGCAAGCGCUGGGACAGACUCGCGAUUACCGCCAAUUGCUGCCAGUACUCGACCCGACUCAACGUCCGGCAGCUGAUGCAAGAAGAUGUUAGCCUAAGUCUGGCUAUGCUCGCUCUGUGUUUGCUCAACGGCGAGGUCCUCCACAACGGACGUUCGGCAAACCCAAGAGCAUCCAAGAUGACUGUCUCGGAAUUCUUGAAAGCCAGUCUUUUCAACGAGCUCAAAAGCCCAAGCAAUCAACCCAGCCUGACAUUCAACAGAAGCUGUCGCUUCUUUGACGUCUCGCUCACCGACUCCGGCAUCAAAACACGCGGCCACAUGUGGAGAAUCUACAAAACCAUCCACACUAAGAAAUGGCCCCCCCCAGGCGCGUGGGUAAAAGACCUCUCUGGCAUUCUGGAGCCUAGCCAACGGAAACGACUUGCCUAUCUUGCGCGGCAUUUAGCAAAGGCCGGUCACACCAGCCUCUCCGAUAAUAUCGAGGCAUAUCUUGAACGUGAUACCAAACUUGCGAAGGACCCGUACCACAACCCCUCGUUUACCGACCGCUAUAUGCACACGAUGGCAAGCGAGCUUGCUGACGCGAUAGCGAGGGCAAGCCCGCUGCGUCUUGGAUGUCUGUGGGAUCCCAAUGUGGAGCGGGAGGGAUACACACCCUACAUGGCCGUGUUUGUCUGGGAAGAUAGCGGCACCCCUUCGCAGGGCGAGGUAUUUGCCUUUACAGCUUCGCGUCCCGAUGAUUGCAGGUCCAACGAUCGUUUCAUGGAUGGCGAGGUCUAG